AUGUCUCAGCAGGGGGGAAGUUUGGCACAUGGGGGUGCGCUGAUGAAGCCUGCCACGAGUGAUGUCCCAGGUGUGUGGGAAGGCACUGGGUAUGUGUCACUGGAGGGGUGUCAUAUGGGGAGGAGGGCCAUGUGGGGGUUGGCUGCUGCUGCUGCUGUCCUGGUUUUUUUUUUUUUAUCUCUCUCUCUCUCCCUCUGGCAAUUUGUUAGUGAUGCCUGUUUUUCUUUUUCUCCCUCCUGUCUCUCCCUCUCUCUCCCUCUGUGUGUGUGCCUGUCUUUCUCUCCCUCCCUCUCUGCCUCUCUCUUGCUCUCUCCCUCUGCACUGGGCUCCCCUCCCCCUCCCUUCACAGACCCUCCUCCUCUUCCUCCUCCUCCUCUUCGUCUCAGCUUGGCGCCUGGUCCUGGCGUGGCUGCCGAACAGUCCCGGUCGAUCCUUUCCGAACUAAAUGCCUGUGUGACAGAAUCUCCACCUUCGCCAUCUUAGCCCAGCUGAGUGCCGAAAUGGUAAGUAUUGUGCGGCAUCCAAAGGAAUGAAGUCUUGGCAUUUGUGUGUGUGUGUGUGUGUGUGUGUGUGCUGAGAAGGAGGCGGGGAGAGAGAGAGAAAGAGAGAGAGAGAGAGAGAAGCAAAGGAAAUGGUCCAGCGGAUGACAUUUCAGUGUGACAAGCAGUGCUGUGCAAGGCUGGGUGUGCGCACUCGCGUGUGAGUCUCCGUCUGGGUGUGCAUGGCAAGGAUAUUGCAUGUGUGUUUGCUUGUGCAUGUGUGUGUGCGCGCACACAUUGCAAUAAGCAUCACCGUUGUCAGAAAGCGACUGACAUGUGUCUUUGAGAAUCUGUGACCUAAAUAACAACAAUAAAAUAUCUGGUUCAAGAUCAUUGCAGCAUUGAAAUGUCACCAUUGUCUUUCCCUGCCUGAAAACACCCUUCUUCUUUUUCCCCUCCAUCAAUGCUGGCUACUGGGUACCCCUAACUGACCCCCUUCCCCACUUAUGUCACCUGCGGUUUUCGGCCGGUUGCCUGGACUAUUAGAGAGAGAUGGGAUAGGCUUGAUGAGCGAGUGAGUGAAUGGGUUCUGGAGCGAGGAGAUCUGUGACUUUGGAUGCUUCUGAAUCCCAGGCCUUCCACUGUGGAUUCAUAUAGUAUUGUUGGUCGAUCCUUUUCAGGAAUCUUCCUGGCACCUUUUGCUCUUUCCCUGGCUCCUCAAACCCUCCGGGACGCCUCUCGGGGACAUUCUUUUGUGAUUUCGGAGCGUCACGGCAGCUUUGUCUCCAGUUACUUUGAUGCCUUCUUAGCAGCGCCUCAAAAUGGGGUCAAAAGGGUGUAUUGGCGCUUGUCAAAGGAUUUGCCUCGCAUGCUCUUGCACAAGUAAAGAGGGAGAAGGUGAUGGUGGCUUCUUUGUUAUCAAAAAUAGGCUGUCGUGGAGGAGGACCGCCUGGUCAGGGCAUGAAUUAUUGGCGUUUAUGAGUUUUGCUUGGACUUUGUAAAACAGGAGAGCAAGGGAAGAUGCCUUUAUUUGAUUUGUUUUCUCUCAUGUCCACACCCCUUUUUGCAGUCUUUCAGCUGACUUUCACCAUGUUCCGGGUCCCUAGGUGAACUGCUCCCAUCUAGGACCAAUCCCACGAUGCUCUCGGUGACCAUCAUCUUGAGCUUCAGGUCUUGCGAGGCCCGUUGGGCCGUUCUCUCCUUCCUCCUCCCUCACUUUGCGAAGAGCGGCUCAUUGCGGGAGAGGGAGGGCAAAAUCUAAAAGGUAGUGAGGAGAGAUGGGGGUGAGGGGAGGAGAAGGGGGCACUGGGGAAGGCAGGUUUCCCGAGAUGAAGGUUUGGUUUAUUAUUAGAAACACUAAUGUAUUUGGUCCACUAGUUGCCAUGGAAACAUCUGCACUGAAGUGGCUUUAAAGAUACAGUGUUGUCUGUGCCUGCCUGAGUCCAUGGCAGGCCCAAAGCCUAACCCCUUCCCAAACGUCCAGGCCUUGCAUUGUGGGAUUAGGUGCUCUAGGAAUUUAAGUUUUGAGGGCAGCAGCAUUUUUCGUGGUGUGUCUGUGCAGGAAACAAUGGUGACUGUGUCGCUUUCCCCCCCAGUUUUUGCUCUGUAGCCAGGUGAGAAAAGUGAAAAUGCUCUCCCUCACCUUAACUCAGCCUUUCUCAACCUGUGGGUCCCCAGAUGUUGUUGGACUACAACUCCCAUCACCCCUAGCUAGCAAGGCCAGAGCUCAGGGAUGAUGGGAGUUGUAGUCCAACAACAUCUGGGGACCCACAAGUUGAGAACUGCUGCUUUAACUGCUCCUCUCUAUUUUUUCUCUCUGCUUGAAUACGUAGAUCGCAAUUGUAAGAGCAAGUUGGAGGUUUAUACAAUUGGACCCGGAUUCUCUGUCCUAUACAGACAGUUUAAGAUGCAUGCUUUCUGUCCUCUUUACUUUCCUUUGUCCCCUCUUCCACUGUGGCUGUGUUUGGACAUAAGGCAUCAGAGUCUUGCAUGUUCCCCUCUCCUCACUCUGAGAAUAUUGAAAACUUUUGCUUUUUGAUCAACCACAAACCCUAGUUGGUCUCAACUGUGGUCUGUUAAAGAAAGAGAACGUCCAAUUUGGGUUUAUGCAACAGGCUUGCGUCAACAAACCAAAGUUCAGGGUCUGAAUGUAACCCUAAACUGUGGCCAGUCAGUAAAAAAAUAACUCAUAAAUUGGAUGUUGCCAAAGGUUUGGAGGACCUUGAAAAGUUUUGUGCUGUUUGGUGAGAUUUUAUCUUAUAUACAACAAAUUGAGCCACCUAGAACUUCCUCUGCACAGUGCAGUGUGAAAUUUGGCUUUCCUGAUGCUCUUGAGUACUUAAUAUUACUCGCUAUACUGGGCUGCUUUUCAGUACUUCUAUUAUUCUUGUUGUAUUGAUUUGAAUAAGAGAAAACAAACCAUAGUUGAACUAAAGUUCAGGGUUGGGAUGUAACACUAAACUGUGGUCAAACACUAUUGGAAGUGAAAGCUUCUUAUCUCCUUGUGGCUGUGUUUAAGGAGGAAGUAGGCAGAACACAUGAGCUAAGACUCACUGUAACUUGUUUCCAUAGUUUAUUCUUAUACUGUAUCUGAAUGCAGUCUAGAACUGCUCUUUCAGUACAUCUUAGAAUUGCAUCUAUUCCCAUUUCAGAAGUUUUAGUUCAGCACAGGACCUCACAAACUCUCCCAGAUCCAUACCAUCUAUUCUCCCUUUGGUCAUCCGCUUCACUUACCCACUUUACCCAAAACAACUAAGGACAUCUCAAAGGUGGGCAUAUAGAGAGUCUCUUGACCAAAGAACAGCAUCCCAUUAGGAAUCACACUGAGAAGUUCCUGGCGAAGGGCAUCUUUCUCUAAUGCAAGUGCGGGAUUGAUUCACACAUUAUGUAUUUUAUAGGUAUUCUCCUAAAACAGUUAUUGGAAGUUCAAACUUGCAAACGUUGCAUGGGAACAGGAAGUAUGCGCAAGUUUUGUUGGCAGUCAUGUCCAUCACAUGUGUUCAUACACAGAUGCUCUUUCUUGGGAAGAGUGGAUUGCCACAUGUCAGGGGUACUUUAGUUGUGAUUCCUGUAUUAUAGGGGAUUAAACUUGGGGGGGGUCUACAAUAAUCUACAAUUAUGUGAUUCUGUGAGUGUGACCCUGUUGUUGUUCUUGCUUGAUCUCUUAGCAGCUUUUGAUGCCCUCGCCCAGGGCAUCCUGACAGGCUGUCUCUGUGGCUUGGAACUGAGGGCCACAGUAGUUCUGUGGUUCUGCUCCUACAUUCAGGGUCAGUUCAAGGGAGAGCGUUCGAUCGGUGUAGCUAGACACCCUGGCUGUUAAUAAUAAUAAUAUUAUAAUAAUUUAUUAUUUAUACCCCGCCCAUCUGGCUGAGUUUCCCCAGCCACUCUGGGCGGCUUCCAAUCGAGUGUUAAAAACAAAACAGCAUUAAAUAUUAAAUACUUCCCUAAACAGGGCUGCCUUCAGAUGUCUUUUAAAGAUAAGAUAGCUGCUUAUUUCCUUCACAUCUGAAGGGAGGGUGUUCCACAGGGCGGGCACCACUACUGAGAAGGCCCUCUGUCUGGUUCCUUGUAACCUCACUUCUCGCAGUGAGGGAAUCGCCAGAAGGGCCUCGGCGCUGGACCUCAGUGUCUGGGGUGAACGAUGGGGGUGGAGACGCUCCUUCAGGUAUACAGGACCAAGGCCAUUUAGGGCUUUAAAGUUCAGCACUGACACUUUGAAUUGUGCUUGGAAAUGUACUGGGAGCCAAUGCAGAUCUCUCAGGACAGGUGUUAUGUGGUCUCGGCAGCCACUUCCAGUCACUAGUCUAGCUGCCACAUUCUGGAUUAAUUGCAGUUUCCAGGUCACCUUCAAAGGUAGCCCCAUGUAAAGCUCAUUGGAGUAGUCCAAGCAGGAGAUAACUAGAGCAUGCACCACUCUGGUGAGACAGUCCGCGGGCAGGUAGGGUCUCAUCCUGCGUACCAGGUGGAGCUGAUAGACAGCUGCCCUGGACACAGAAUUAAUCUGUGCCCCAUGGACAGCUGUGAGUCCGAAAUGACUCCCAGACUGCGCACCUGGUCCUUCAGAGGCACAGUUACCCCAUUCAGGACCAGGGAGUCCCCCACACCCGCCCGCCCCCUGUCCCCCCAAAACAGUACUUCUGUCUUGUCAGGAUUCAACCUCAAUCUGAUAGCAAGCCAUCCAUCCUCCAACCGCCUCCAGGCACUCACACAGGACCUUCACCGCCUUCACUGGUGUUGAGUUGCGUGAUGCCUCAGAGUUCCAUUCUGUCUCCAGCACUGCAUAUGUAGUCAGUGGGUGUGACCAUUAGGAGAUUGAGAUUGUGGUGUCAUUCAUAUGCUUUGGGAACCCCCGCUCCAUCUCUCUGUUAUACCUGACACAGAUGUGGACAUCCAACGUGGUGCCUGGACACAGUAGUGGGAUUUUUGAGGGUCAAAAAGUUGAAGCUGAAUUUCAACUGCUUGGAGGCUCUGUGGGUGCGUUGUUCCUGGGAUCGGGUAUUCAGCCUGUUGUGCUCUCCCUUAAGUAACAGGUAUAUAUAGUCUGGGUGCAUUCCUUGUACCAGCCGUGGAGGCAGCGAUGGACACAAACUUGGGUGGCUUUCAAAGAGGAUUGGACAAAUUCAUGGAGGUGGAGAGGACUCUCAAUGGCUACUAGCCAUGACGGCUAGGCUCUGCUUCCAUGAUCAAAGGCAGCAAUGCUUCUCAGUAGCAGUUGCUCGAAGCCACGGGAAAUGAGAGUGCUAUUGUGUUUGAAUCCUGCCUGUGGGUUUCCCACAGACAUCUGAUUGAUCCCUGUGCUGGUAAGCUCAAAACUUGGCUACUGUAAAUGUGGGGCUGCCCUUACAGUUGGUCUCAAAGUUGCAGCUUGUGCAAAAAGGAAGCAUUUAAGUUUCUAAAUGGGGCAGCCUCCCUUGAAGUCUAACACUUUUGCUGAAAGAGCAGCACCAGCUGUCCAUUAGCUUCCACACCAAGUUCAAGGUCUUGUUGUUUAAAAGCCCUAAAUAGCUUGGGACCUGGUUAUAUGAAGAAAUGCCUUCAACCAGUUCUUAAGGUCACAAAAUAAGGCCCUAUUGAUCGUGCUGCAGGCUGUGGAAGCCCAGCCCAGGGGCAAGACCCUUCCAUGUUGUGGCAUUGAGUUUAUGGAACCAUCUCGCCCUGGAAAUAAGGCAGGCACCUACCUUGUUGAGUUUUCAGUGAAUCCUGAAAAUACAUUACACACCAGCCCUGAAUGUUGGGUAUUCCUGAUACUGCGCCUUUUUAUGGAUUGGUUUUAAUUUGCAUUUAUUGCCAUCUGUUUUAAAUUUGUUUCUUGGUUUGCCUUUUAUGGCUGUCAACUACCACAGGGUUGAUAUGGGAGAUGGUGUAGAAAUAUUUUAAUAAUGCAUACGUUCAUUGGGGAGGUGUGGAUCUCAAUUGCUUGUGGCAUUUUGAGGAGACUGGCAGAUACAGUAGGUUCCAUGUCAAAACGUGAAUGAUUUCUAGUUAUUUUGCACAAGUAUGUGUGUGCCUUCCUUGAUGAGUUUGGCUAUCAAACCAAUUUUUUAAAAAGGGGGAGGGGUUAUUUUUAUUUUUAUUUUAUUUGGGAAGUCAAAUAAUGGUCAGAUCUUUUUGUCGGCCAGUUUUGCAGCAACAGAACAGCAAUAAAGACACUUUAAUAUUCACAAAGUGAGCUCCAUUAUUAAAAACGAUGCAAGUUAAUUUGCUGUUAGGAACAAGGGACCUAAUUUAAUGGAACUAAUAACUCUGUGCGAGCAUGAGAGCAAGGCAGUCAGUAUUCUAGUCCUCAUUCAUUUGCUCUUUGGGCUUGAUAGGUAAAGGUAAAGGUACCCCUGCCCGUAUAGGCCAGUCUUGACAGACGCUAGGGUUGUGCGCUCAUCUCACUCUAUAGGCCGGGAGCCAGCGCUGUCCGGAGACACUUCCGGGUCAUGUGGCCAGCGUGACGAAGCUGCUCUGGCGAACCGGCACCAGCGCAGCACACGGAACGCCGUUUACCUUCCCGCUAGUAAGCGGUACCUAUUUAUCUACUUGCACCCGAGGGUGCUUUCGAACUGCUAGGUUGGCAGGCGCUGGGACCGAGUGACGGGAGCGCACCCCACCGCGGGGAUUCGAACCGCCGACCUUUCGAUCGGCAAGUCCUAGGCGCUGAGGCUUUAACCCACAGCGCCACCCGUGUCUUGGGCUUGAUAGUAAGCAUAUUGUAUCCAGUUGCAUUUUCCUUUUUAGUGGGUGUCCCAUUUCCCACAAUGCAAUGCACUAUAUAGAGAAAAUUCAAUAUUUCAGCUGUUUCCUCCUCUGGCUAGCCAUCUCCUGCCAACCCAUUGUCCCAUUGCCCCACCAUCUCCAACCACAGUGCUUGAAAUGCAACUUGUCUCAAGCAAUUACUUUACUGUACAUUCAGAGCCCUCUUUGUACCUUAUCUGUGUCAGGCUCCCUCUUAACUGGUUCUUAACAGUUUUGUGGUCAGGCCACAAAACUGGCUUCAUGGGUAAUGGGUUUUACAGAAUUUCUUCCACAGACAAAACCUGUGCUGGGUCAGUUCAUCACGAGUCAGGAGCAAAGUCUGCCCCCUUCUUUUUCCGUGUGGAUUUUUAAAGAAAAAUCCCCAUAUCCUUUACAGUUUCGUGUAUAUACUUUACAUAAACUGCUUACAGAGUUUUGUCAGUCCAGUAGUAUGGAAAUGGAAAAUAAAUAUAUAUGCUCGGAAGUUUUUGAGGUGAAAAAACCCACAUGUGAGGUUGUCCAAAGCAGUGCUUUUUUUCUUUUUAAAAAAUUGUUUAAAGGUACUACUCUCAUUUUGACUCAAGAAAAUCACCAUUUUAUAGUUCAAAUCGGGGGAAAUAAAUACAGUAAAUGAACAAAAGUAUAAAAGUUCACAAAAUGUUUAGGGGUAUGUGUACCCCUGCAUCACCCCAGAAAAAGCACUGGUCCAAAGUAUUCCCAGCUAACCAAGAGUGGCAAACUACUGCAUGGAGCUCCCAUUACCACAGAUGUUGAAAUCAAUAUAGGAAGUCCUCCCUGAUAGCUAUUCAUAGAAUCAUUUGUUGUCGUUGUUGCUUUUGUUGUUGUUUAGUCCUUUAGUCGUGUCCGACUCUUUGUGGCCCCAUGGACCAGAGCACGCCAGGCACUCCUGUUUUCCACUGCCUCCCACACUUUGGUCAAACUCAUGCUGGUAGCUUUGAGAACACUGUCCCACCAUCUCGUCCUCUGUCGUCCCCUUCUCCCUGUGCCCUCCAUCUUUCCCAACAUCAGGGUCUUUUCCAGGGAGUCUUCUCUUAUGAGAGAUGAGCGCCGCAACCCCAGAUUUGUCCGCGACUGGACCUAAUGGUCAGGGGUCCCUUUACCUUUACCUAUAGCAAUAACAAUUAUUUUAUGUACAUUUUACAUAUUUUAUGUCCCAUUUCCUCUUAGAGCGUUGCCACACAAACUAUAUAAAAUGUAUGUAAAUAUGUACGUUUCCCUGUAAGAGCGGUUCCACCUCAUCAAGACCCAUCGCUCUGAGCAGGGACUUGCUAUAUUGAUUUCAACACUCAUGGCACUGUUGGGAGUCCUCUGUACUAGCUAGCUGCUCUUAGGAUGCUGAAACUGCCCUCCUCUUUCUUUGGUUAUCUAUAGUUUAUCAAGGUUUUUACAGUACUGCAAUAAAACAGUGCAGUUCCUUCGUCCCACCUAGCUCCCUUGUCUCCAUCUGCUUUCAAACCCUUUUUAGUUACAGCACUUUCGUUUUAUUUAUUUAAUAAUCGCCUACCACACACAUCCCAAGGUGAUGAGUGCAAAAUGCAAUAAGAGACAGCUUAAAAAAAGCUUUUUAAAACAAUACAGAAAAUAGCACAGAUUUUAAAAAAACCAGAAUGUCAAGUAGACACCCACGAUAGAGACCUAGUCAUCCAGAGAAGAAGGCUUGUUGGAACAAAAAAAUGUCUCCAGCUGUUCCCAGGGAGUGGGCGCAUGUAUUAUCUCGAAUGCUGUUCCACAGAACAGGGCAGCCAGACUAAAAGUCCUGCUCCAUGUUGCCGUGGAAAGGGCUUCGAAGACCUUUGCAACUUGUAGGAGAAGAUGACCCAUAGACAGAGGUGAUGUACUGAGUAUAUAAGGAAUAAGAUGGUCUCUCAAGUAUAUUUCUGAUGUUCAGUUGUUUGUUGUGUUAUGCAGUUCACCUGCUCAGAUAAAGAUUAGGGGAAAUGCUGUGUCGGGGUCCCAUUUUAACAACUGUUUAGAGAAGUUUCCAUUUCUGCAUUGUGCCACCCGCUUCUUCUAGUUGCGGGUACGGCUCGGUUCCAGAGUUCUGGAAAUGUGCUCCAAAAUCCCUUAGAAGCUUGACUUAUCGUGGAGUUUGUGGAGCAGAAUUAUGGAGCAGGAGGUCUUGUAUCCAAUUUCCCAUGCUUGGUGCGACCAAGGCUUUCCAGUGCUAGAGAAGUACUCAUUUUGAAAUGAGACCAGUAGCUUUCAGACCACCUUGUAUGAAAAUCCAUAAGAGACAGGGAAUCUGGCAAUGCACAGAACCUGGGGUGAGCUUAUACCCUGGUUCCCAUAUUGGAGGGGGCAGGUUGAAUCAGGUGUGUCUGCUUCAGAAUCAUGGCAUGAUGGAUUCAUCCUCCAUCUUAUGUAAGGUGGUUGGAUCUGUACUUGGUCAAGGUUGCCAUCAUGGAGCAGAGAUCUGAGUCCUGUCUUUCCUAGUUCAGUCAACACUCUGCUAGCCACCUCCCAUUGGUUUAACAUUACUUGAAUGACUUUGUUGGAAAUUUGUUUGGCAUUCUCAACAACAACAGCAACAAUAUUACCUUGGCAGUUGUAAUGAUGUCAAGCAGAUCCAUUAUACAGUGGUACCUCGGGAUCCGUUCCGGAGCCCCGUUCGCAUCUGCACAGGCACGGGUCAUGUUUUGGCACUUCUGCGCAUGUGCGUGGUGUCAUUUUGAUGGUCUGCACAUGCGCGCGCGGCGAAACCAGGAAGUAAGGCGCUCCGUUACUUCUGGGUCGCCGCGGAGCACAACCCGAAUUUGCCUAACCCGAAGCGUAUUCAUCCCGAGGUAUGACUGUACUGGACCAAUGUGGGGAUUUGUCUAUUUCUUGGAGAAGUUGUAUGAUUGCUAGGAAAGCCCUCGUUGCUCCAGUUUAUUUAACACAUUGUAAGAGCUGAAUAGUAAUAAAUAGCUUUUAGAGUAAUAAGAGUAUUUUGCACAAUGUCAUAAAAAUCAAUCAUUUUGGGUUGGAGCUUAGAUUCUUCUUGUUAUUAUUUUUAUAAAAAUAGAAUGCUAGGUCAGUAUAAGUGUGGAUAAUAUUCACAACAAGCCCUGGAAAAGCUCAAUAUUUUGUUUUAAAAUUCAGAAAAAAAGGACAAUGCAAUUGUUGUACAUACCACUGUGCAAAACCCUCUAGCAGAAUCCAGGGAUUUUCCAGAUUCAUUGCUCAGAAUACCCGCAGAAACUCUGCAGCAGCCUUCGCUAAUGUGGUACCAUCCAGGUAUCUUGGACUACAACUCACAUCACUCCCAGCCCUAGCACUUGAUUGGCAAAGGCUGCUCUACAGAAUGUCUUGGAUAAUUUCCUGUCCAAAAUUGGAUGGACACCCAGAUGCAAGGCACCAUCCUUGUCUUUCAUCGAGACACAAAUCAGCGAGAUAGACAUUUCCAUUCUUCACCCCUUGACUGGCUAGCACAACAGUUUCCAGAUCUAGCUCCUGAUGGAAACUAAAUCAAAUAGGAUGUGGGUUUGGGAUAACCGCAGACAACAGAACUACAACGGCGACUUCAAAAACCUAACCUUCCAGAGUCUCUAAAUAUUACUGCAACCCAGCAUUCAUUUUCUAAGUGCAGUUGUGCCAAAUAAGCAAAACUCCAAGGGACAGCUCCAAGGUUUACUGCCAGUGUCCUCAGCUGAUAUUUCAUCUGCCAUCAAAACGAUCUUCUUCUUCUGUAUUGUCGCUGCGGUCUCCAUGAGUCAAAGUUUACUAUUUGUUAUAAAGCAUGGGGAACAGGUGAAAGUUGUGUUGCGAUUGCAAUAGAUCACCUGGCUGGUGAUUCAAGCUGGCCGAAGAAGCACUUCAGAAGGGAAGAGGGUGGGAAUCAUGUAUUUGACCUGUUACCAGUUAUCAUGAUGGGUGAGCUUAUGAUAUACCAUAUUUUUCGCUCCAUAAGACACACCUGAACAUAAGACGCACCUAGUUUUUAGAGGGGGAAUGCAAGAAAAAAAAUAUUAUUUAAAGGGAGCGCUGCGCGGAGCCUGUAUGCAUCCCAGGCUAUGCUCAGUGCUCCCUUUCACAAGCCGCGCGGAGCGUGUGUGCGGCGCUUGCAGGCUUUUUCCCAAGGAGGGAGAGGGCAGCCCAUCACACUGAUGUGUGGCAUUUUAGUGUAUUUUUGGUCUCUGUGGAAGCCACCCAGAGUGGCUGGGGAAACCCGGCCAGAUGGGCGGGGUACAAAUAAUAAAUUAUUAUUAUUAUUAUUAUUAUUAUUAUUAUUAUUAUUAUUCUCCCUCCUCGGGGAAAAGCCCCCAAGAGCCACACACACGCUCCGCGUGGCUCUUUAAAGAGAGCGCGGCUCUUGGGGGCUUUUCCGGGAGGUGGGGAAAGGGACUGAGGGGCUAAGCCAGAAGCUAGAACAGCAAGAGCUGUGCAGCGAUCCCUCUCGCUGUUCUGGCGUAGCCGCGUGAAGCCUCCUCAGGGCAGCGGGAUGAAGGCUCCCCAUGCCCUGAAGAGGCUUCGCAUGGCUAAGCCAGAAGCUAGAACAGCCAGAGGGAGCGCUGCGCAGCGAUCCCUCUCACUGUUCUGGCUUCUGGGAUAGUUGCACAGCCUGCAUUCACUCCAUAAGAUGCACACACAUUCCCCCUUACUUUUUAGGAGGGGAAAAGUGUGUCUUAUAGAGCAAAAAAUACGGUAAGCCAGGGACAGGGGGUCUGUGGUCCUCCAGAUGUUGUUGAACUAUAUCUCCCAUCAUCCCUGGCCAUUGGCCAUGCUGGUUGGGGUUGAUGGGAGUUGGAGCCCCACAGAAUCUAGGCUCCCCACUCUUUGUGUAAGUAGUUAGGUUUUUAAGAUCAUUCUUAGUCAAUUCUUGGGGGGAAAGUCAGGCUGCCUCUGAGCUUAUCCUCAUGAGAGAUGGAGGGGAAGAGGCCUGUAAGGAUUGGGUGAAAUGCCCUCUCCAGAAGAGGAAACAUCUUGAAUUACUUCACAGCAUGCUCACAACUGUCCAUUGCUGCUAGAAAGACUGGAAAAUGUAUUGUUAAAUCUAUUUAACAGAUUGAGCUGGGGGAGAUUGGGAAUGCCGUUUCCUAGGCUCUGAAGCAGUAAUAGAUACUUCUAGCAUUAGUGUCUGUCUGCAUUUUAAUGAGAAACUACCUAAUUGGUCCCACACCUGAUGUCAUACAAUGUGAUUACACCUUAUGUGCAUUUAGCUUGUGCAGUUACAACCUUGCAAGGUUGAAGGCUGGCUGGCUGAAGCCGCACAAAUUAAAUGUACACAAAGUUUCCCUGGUGUGAAAAGAGCUUACUAGGCAUAGCCCAUCUCUGGGAUGGUAGAGAAGCUCAUGCCAUGAUAAAUUUGUUAGACUUUUCAGUGCCACAAGACUAUUUUCAAAAAAUGAAAGCCCAGACAGAAAAGUUGCUGGUUGGGCUUUCUAUUGAAAAGUUGUUGAGCUUUAUUUAUUUAUUUUGGGGGACAUAUUCAUAAUUCACAAAAAAAAUAGAAGUUUUGGAGUUAUUUUCAAAGGAAAUAGCCAAAAAUGACUCUGUCAACAUGGAUUGCCAUACACCCAGCUAUCCCAUAAAGGUAAAGGUAAAGGGACCCCUGGCCAUUAGGUCCAGUCGUGGCCGACUCUGGGGUUGCAGUGCUCAUCUCGCUUUACUGGCCGAGGGAGCGGCGUACAGCUUCUGGGUCACGUGCUUUCAAACUGCUAGGUUGGCAGGAGCAGGGACUGAGCAACGGGAGCUCACCUCGUCGUGGGGGAUUCGAACCACCGACCUUCUGAUCGGCAUGUCCUAGGCUUUGUGGUUUAACCCACAGCGCCACCCGUGUCCCUUAGCUAUCCCAUACAUUUUUGCAGCAAAAGUAGUCAAAGAUGCUGGACAUAUCCAGAAUAAUGCAGUCAGAAACAGUGUCUGGGUGGAAAUAGCUAUCCCAUACAUUUUUGCAAUUUGCACCCAGACACUGUUUCCGACUGCACUAUUCUGGUUAUGUCCAGCAUCUUUGACUACUUUUGCUGCAGCACAGUGAUCCCUCUGGAAAACAGGAAUCUGCCUUAUACCAGUUCAGGUCUUUGGUUGACCGACUGGUCGAUCUGGAGUAGAGGCAUUGGGGAGAAGCCUCUGAAACGGUUCUCUGGCUGUCUUUGAACCAUGCCUUUUAGAUACCUGUCCUUAGCCUCUCUGCACAGAUCCUAGAACACCUGGCAACAGAGAAAUGUCAGCUUGCAAUCGUGGUGAUAGCUAAGGGGUACAAAAUGAGGAUGCUUCUCAACUGCAUGCAUCUGUGCCUACCUUGCAAUUCAUCAGUUUCACCUGGAAUUUUUUGCUAGGUCAGUGCAUUUAAAUCUGCAGCCAUAGAGACCUAUUUGUCAAUUUCCGUUUCUUCAAUUGUUUUCAUUCCUCUAGUCCUAAAGUUAGUUCUUCACAUUUCCGCAACAAUUUGCGACUUGUUUAUUUUUAAAUCCUCAGGGAAAUUUGUAAGCUUUCUAGUGCAAAUUUCUCCUAAUAAACACAUUCUCACACUCUUUUUUUGCAAAUAUAUACAUUUUCCUUAAAAUAAUGCAUUUUUUAAUGUUUUUAUUUGUGUGUGUUUUGGCAUCAUCAUGCAUUUUUAAUAAACACUUUCCCCUAGCAUGCACAUUUUUGGAAGACACGGUUUAGCUGAAGAACUGCGUUGCAAAAUCCGGGAAAGUGCUGAUUUUGAAGGAUAGUGGCAUUUUGUGCUGGUCCAGGAACUGCAGGUUAGGUAGCUUUCCAUUAAAAUGCCUAAUAAUAAUAAUAAUAAUGGCAGCUGCACAAUCAGGACUGGUCUGCAUCACACACUUAAAGCACACCCAACACACAUUCAAAGCACAUGACCACCUGAAGAAUCCUGGGAACUGUAGUUUGUUAAGGGUCCUAGGAAAUUGUAGUUCUGUCUGUGGAAACUACGGUUCUCAAGAUUCUUUGUGUAAGUCACAUGCUUUAAAUAUGCACUGAAUGUGCUUUGCACACGAAGCCCAGAUCUGCUCUCAGUGCUCUUAAAUUACCAGCUCCCUUAUCCCUUUUCUUCCAGGACCGAUCAGGUGACCACACAUACUGCCUUCUCCACCUUUUUGCAGAGUUCUCCUGCUUUUGGUUUACUCUACGCUUCUCUCUGCAUUGAUUAAUGCAACCCAGUAGUAAUUAGCUGACUAGGCUGUCAGCUUGUCAGACCACAUUGAUUUCAUUCAGGCCUUGUUAACUUUUCCUCCCUCUGGCAAUUUCACCCCAGCAGCCACCUUUGCUCGUGACAAUUUGGCAGCAAGUCUGCAAUCCGAAAGAGGUGGGAAGCAGAGCUUGGUUCCCUCUGAAAGUGGCUUCUGGGUGGAAGAAUGGGAAGAGAAGAAGUAGGAAGCCUUAGUAGGAUGUGGGACCCUAGCAGAAGGACAGGUGGGGUGAUGGACCACUUAUCCUGGGCGCAUCCUUGGCAUGGGCACCUUGGGAAUGUUCAGGGAGGCAGGAGAGGAUAUAUUGUUUAUUAAUAUCCUUCCUAACUUGCACUAGCAAGUUCCUUUACUUAGCAGAGUUUACAUUCCCCUUUUACAUGCACAGCAGAUAGCUGGUUGCAGGCUUGUGUAAGCCUUUCACCAGGGCAUAGCUGUCAACUUUUCCCUUUUCUUGUGAGGAAUCCUAUUCGGAAUAAGGGAAUUUCCCUUUUAAAAAGGGGGAAAGUUGACAGCUAUGCACCAGGGGUCAGCAAACCUUUUCAGCAGGGGCCCGGUCCACUGUCCCUCAGACCUUGUGAGGGGCCUGGACUAUAUUUUGAAGGGAAAAAAUGAACGAAUUCCUAUGCCCCACAAAUAACCCAGAGAUGCAUUUUAAAUAAAAGGACACAUUCUACUCAUGUAAAAACAAGCAGAUUUAGAAGGCGACUGGGCCAGAUCUGGCCCCCGGGCCUUAGUUUGCCUACCCAUGCCUUUCACUAUUAAGUUCCUGGUAAAUUCCCUUAUAUCCCUCUAAAAAGAAUAAACAUGCCACAAUCUUGUGUAUAAAAGAAGUUUACUUACAUCAGGCAGAGUACAGUGUGGAUCCCUUAAGGCAGACUUAGCUACAAAGUAUAUAUGUGGAUCUAUAUCCCAUGGGGGGAUAAUCCCAGUGUCCUCUGUUGGCUGAAAGUUUACAUUCCCCUUUUACAUGCACAAGAGAUAGCUGGUUGCAGGCUUGUGUAAGCCUUUCACCAGGGGUCAGCAAACUUUUUCAGCAGGGGGCCAGUCCACCGUCUGGCUGAAAGCCAACAGAGCAUUUCUAGCUAAAAAACUGCUCCAACGACGGAGGAAGUCAGAGAGAGAGAGUGUGUAGCAUGCCUUGUCCUUUUGUUACCUGGACAGGUAAGGUCAUACCUUCCUCUAGUCACAUGCAAAGGAAGGAUGUUCCAACCAGGAGGAAACAGGAAGUUUUUGACUGGCUGGACCAAACAUUCCCCCGCAUGUCCACUCUAGGAAAACAAGGAAUGUUGUGCUUGACUUCUCUCAGUGGAUUACAUCCCACAGACACAGGCAUGGAUGAAACGAUGUGGGAGUAGCAAUUGCAAACAUUAGCGAACAGCUUUGGAGGUGGUAGGAUUAAGGGAUGCUUUGGGUUCAUCCCAAAGGCAUUUUAGGAGGGGCUCAGUAUUCAUGGCAAGACUUUAUUUCAAAUUUUUCCACACCGUCCUUCAAUUCAGAAUUCCCAAACUACUCUUCUCCAAACCCCCUCACCCACCCAUUUGGCCACCGAAAACACAGAAUUUGGCCACUUGUGGAAGAUGUCUGUGGGAAAUGUAACGGUAAAGGUACCCCUGACCAUUAGGUCCAGUCAUGGACAACUCUGGGGUUGCGGCGCUCAUCUCGCUCUGUAGGCCGAGGGAGCUGGCGUUUGUCCGCAGACAGCUUCUGGGUCAUGUGGCCAGCAUGACUAAGCCGCUUCUGGCAAACCAGAGCAGUGCAUGGAAACACCGUUUACCUUCCCGACAGAGUGGUACCUAUUUAUCUACUUGCACCUUGACAUGCUUUUGAACUGCUAGGUUGGCAGGAGCAGGGACCGAGCAACAGGAGUUCACCCUGUCAUGAGGAUUCGAACCGCCGACCUUCUGGUCAGCAAGUCCUAGGCUCUGUGGUUUAACCCACAGCACCACCUGCGUCCCUAUCAGUUGGAAAUGUAGCCACUUCUGACUUCCUGAUUUUAGAGUCCAGCCCCUGCUAAAUUCUUUUUUUUUGCAGUUCAAACCUCCUUCCAGGGACGCUCCUCUUCCUGAAGCUGCCCACUCCGCUUGGCAUUUUCCAACCUGGCUUGGUUGUGGCACAAAAUCAUAAUCAUAAAGGGCAAACGUACGGUCUGUUGUUUGAAUAACAUUCCACGCUUUAUUGACAGCUGGCGCCCAACAAGGAUGACAUUUCUCUCAGGAUCAACACAAGCUGGGAUCUCUUUCUCUUCCUGGCAUGAUCUUUCUCCCUCACUCCUUCUCUCCCUCCCUCUCUCUCACACACACACCAGAUGAUGCCUCAGCCAACUCAGCCAACACUCAGUCAGUCCUAUUUGGUUAGGUUCUCCAGGAAUGGCUAUGAAGUGCCCUCGAUAAAUUAUCAGGCUAAGCAACAAAAAACAGAGCAACCAUGAAUGGGGAUGGGUGCAUCGAUCUAUUUAUCACCUGUGUGUUCUUCCAUAAGUCCAUUCUCAUUUGUUUCUGCCUUAAACUGAGAUUAAAAACAAAUCACGCAUCUCAGUGUCUAUUUUUAAGUGUAUUUUCUCUCAAAAUUCACAUUGGUUGGUUUGUUGCAAUUAUAUCCCAGCUUUUCUUCCAAGGAGCUGGAGGUGAUGCGCAUGGUUCUUCUCCGUCCUCAUUUAAUCCUCACAACAACCUUGUGAGGUAGGUUAGGUUGAGAGGGAGUGACUGGCCCAAGGCCACCCAGGGAGAUUCAUGGACGAGUGCGGAUCCGAACCCUGAUCUCCCAUGUCCGGUUCCAACCCUCUAGUCACUACACCACCCUGGCUAUUUAGAAAAAAAUAUUUAGAAAUAUUUCAAAAUACUUUCCUAUUCUCUGAAUAUGGGUUUGUGUGCAGUUACUUUCUUGCAAUAUAAUAAUAAUAAUAAUAAUAAUAAUAAUAAUAAUAAUAAUAAUAAUAAUUUAUUUGUACCCCGCCUAUCUGGCUGGGUUUCCCCAGCCAAUCUGGACGGCUUCCAACAAAGAUUAAAAAUACAUUAAAAUAUCACACAUUAAAAACUUCCCUGAACAGGGCUGCCUUCAGAUGUCUUCUAAAUGUCAGGUAAAUGUUUAUCUCUUUGACAUCUGAUGGGAGGGUGUUCCACAGGGUGGGUGCCACCAGCGAGAAGGCCCUCUGCCUGAUUCCCUGUAACCUCACUUCUUGCAGUGAGGGAACCACCAGAAGGCCCUUGGAGCUGGACCUCAAUGUCCAGGCAGAAUGAUGGGGGUGGAGACGCUCUUUCAGGUAUACUGGGCCGAGGCCGUUUAGGUUUUCUGAGAACUCUGUUGAAGGAUUUGGAAUUUGGGAAGUGUGAAAGGUGGUGGAGAUCUAAACCCCAAUCUACACGUCAGCCGAAUAAAGUGCCAAGAGCAGAUCCCUCAAUUCUGGCAAGAGCAAGGAAAGAUAUAAAAAGGCAGAGGAGCAUUCCCUACAGUCCGUUAUUAUUGAAUCAAUUUAUAGACAGCCUAACAUAAAGAUAGCUCUAAUCGGCUUACAAAAUAAAUUUUAAAAAACAUCAAAAACACAAAGCUGAAGGACAAAUAAAAUUAAAUGAAUACUCUCUACACAGUGCGUGGUUACACUGUGGGACUCGCUUCCGCAGUAGGCAAAAAUGGCUCCCAAGCUAGAUGUUUUUAGAAGAGGGCUAGGCAAAUUCAUGGAGGAUAAAAAUAAAAAUAAACAGAGGAUGAAGGAAUCAUGGGCUACUAGUGAUGAUGGCUAGGCUCUGCCUGCACUGCCACCCCAAACACACACCAUUGCUGAUGAAUACACUAGAGGCCUUAUUCUUAACAUGGUUUCUUCAUGUCCCUGCAAAAGAUUGGAAAAUCUUUGAAUCUCCCUACUUAUUUGAGAUGUGCGGCAUUAUGUCUGAGAGCACAACGCCCGAGCCGUUUACCAAGCACAAAUUGCUUUGCUAUCCCCACGGAGUUUGCUUCGUGGAGAGUAAGGACAUAGUAAUUGUUAAUGAAUAGCGUGGCAUUAAGAUAGCUCUCUGGGUCCAUUUUAUUUACUAUAAUUAUGCGGAAUGGCCUGUUAAGACCGACAAAAAUGUGCAGGAAAGGGACUUUUAAACUUCUGCAAGCAGGCUUCCAAUGAGCGGGUGCUCUUACACAUUCUGCGAUCUGGAGUUAUCAGAUUGAGCAAAGGAUGUGGGGGGAGAUGAAACAAGAUUUUGGUUAGAGUGAAAGACUGUAAGAGCUUUCCAAGUCUAUUUUUUAAAAAAAGAAAGAAGAAAACCAGCCUAUUAUUGCUUUAUUGAUAUUUAUAGAUCUGGUGGUAUCAGUGUACAGAGGAGCUUAGAAUCAAAUUUUCAGCAUGGAGGGGAAUGGCAAAGGGUUGUUCUUCACACAGACUGGUGGCAUUGGAAGGGACGCCGAGGGUCAUCUAGUCCAACCCCCUGCAGUGCAGGAAUCUCAGCUAAACACAGGAAUGGUGUAUCUCUCUAUAAGCGCAAGGGAUGUUUGCUGUUCUUGUUGUUUAGUCGUUUAGUCAUGUCCGACUUCGUGGCCCCAUGGACCAGAGCACGCCAGGCACUCCUGUCUUCCACUGCCUCCCGCAGUUUGGUCAAACUCAUGCUGGUAGCUUCGAGAACACUAUCCAUCCAUCUCGUCCUCUGUCAUCCCCUUCUCCUUGUGCCCUCCAUCUUUCCCAACAUCAGGGUCUUUUCCAGGGAGUCUUCUCUGCUCAUGAGGUGGCCAAAGUAUUGGAGCCUCAGCUUCAGGAUCUGUCCUUCCAGGGAGCACUCAGGGCUGAUUUCCUUCAGAAUGGAGAGGUUUGAUCUUCUUGCAGUCCAUGGGACUCUCAAGAGUCUCCUCCAUCACCAGAAUUCAAAAGCAUCAAUUCUUCGGUGAUCAGCCUUCUUUAUGGUUCAGCUCUCACUUCCAUACAUCACUACUGGGAAAACCAUAGCUUUAACAAUACAGACCUUUGUUGGCAAGGUGAUGUCUCUGCUUUUUAAGAUGCUGUCUAGGUUUGCCAUCGCCUUUCUGCCAAGAAGCAGGCGUCUUUUAAUUUCAUGACUACUAUCACCAUCUGCAGUGAACAUGGAACCCAAGAAAGUAAAAUCUCUUACUGUCUCCAUUUCUUCCCCUUCUAUUUGCCAGGAGGCGAUGGGACCAAUGGCCAUGAUCUUAGUUUUUUUGAUGUUGAGCUUCAGACCAUAUUUUGCACUCUCCUCUUUCACCCUCAUUAAAAGGUUCUUUAAUUCCUCCUCACUUUCUGCCAUCAAGGUUGUGUCAUCUGCACAUCUGAGGUUGUUGAUAUUUCUUCUGGCAAUCUUAAUUCCGGUUUGGGAUUCAUCCAUUCCAGCCUUUCGCAUGAUGAAUUCUGCAUUUAUGUUAAAUAAGCAGGGAGAGAAUAUACAGCCUUGCCGUACUCCUUUCCCAAUUUUGAACCAAUCAGUUGUUCCAUAUCCAGUUCUAACUGUAGCUUCUUGUCCCACAUAGAGAUUUCUCAGGAGACAGAUGAGGUGAUCAGGCACUCCCAUUUCUUUAAGAACUUGCCAUAGUUUGCUGUGGUCGACACAGUCAAAUGCUUUUGCGUAGUCAAUGAAACAUGUUGCAUUAAACAAAUGUAUUUUCAGGAGGAUGUCUAAGGAAAAUCCGAAGAUGUGGGAUUGUGGAGAAUGCAAUGGGAAGAUCAGAGAUGGGGGAAAACCAAAACUGUCAUGAUUCCGCGGUCCUAACUUAGAAGUGGUGUUUGGCUUUUGCUGAAAGACAGAGAGAUCCUCUGAAAAUCCAUCACAGCCUCUGUCUAAGCCAGUGGGCACUGAAGUUACAGCAGCAUGGAGCCUGCAAGCUUCUCUAUUCUCCCAUUAUAGCUCAGCAUGUGUCCUAAGGGCCAGCCCUUGAUGUUUCGCUCACAUCCCCAAAACAAGAGCCUCGCCAACUUCUGCUUGCUCAGGAGAGGGGAGCAAGCUGAGCCCUUUUGCAGCAGAAAGCACCAUCUGCAUCCAGGUCCCGGUAUGCCGCUGGCUCGGGUGCCUGGCUCAGAGAAACAUGACAGUGAGAGCCAAGUGUCAGUUCUCGUUACAUUAAACACUGAGUGAUGAUAGGGGAAUUGUUGAGCAAAGAAUGACACCUGUCUGGUGUUCCUUUUCCCAGAGAUGCUCCCCUGUCAGAGCCAGAAUCACAGAUGCUUCCCCUCAACUCUGCUGCCAAAGAACCCCCAAACCAUUUAGGAUUCCCAGCGAUGAUGCAGGAGACCCAGCUGAUGUCCUGCCUGGGAAUAGAUGCACCGAGACAUAGAAAUCAUGUUUUGGUGGGAGAUCUUAGGAGUGUGGGUCCUUCCGACAGAAGGGCAGGGAUUGGUGAGCUAAAGCUUCCAAAAAUAUUGCCCCUUGCAAAUAGAGACAGUUUAUGCUGUUUAUGCUGUUGUUUCAAUGUGGUUGGACAGUGUUCUCGAAGCUACCAGCAUGAGUUUGACCAAACUGCGGGAGGCAGUGGAAGACAGGAGUGCCUGACGUGCUCUGGUCCAUGGGGUCACGAAGAGUCGGACACGACUAAAUGACUAAACAACAACAAAAUGACUCGCAGCAUCCUUAACAAACAGCACUUCCCAAGAUCCUUUGGGGGAAGCCUAAAGUUUCCAAGUAAAACAGUCUGGGUAACAGCAUACCCUCCAACAUUUCUCUGAUGAAAAUCAGGAUGUCCAUUAUUAUUAUUAUUAUUAUUAUUAUUAUACCCCAUCCAUCUCACUGGGUUGCCCUUGCCACUCUAGGUGGUUUCCAACAUACAGUGGUACCUCUGGUUAAGAACUUAAUUCAUUCUGGAGGUCCGUUCUUAACCUGAAACUGUUCUUAACCUGAAGCACCACUUUAGCUAAUGGGGCCUCCCUCUGCCGCACGAUUUCUGUUCUCAUCCUGAAGCAAAGUUCUUAACCCGAGAUACUAUUUCUGGGUUAGCAGAGUCUGUAACCUAAAGUGUCUGUAACCUGAAGCAUCUGUAACCUGAGGUACCACUGUAUAUAAAAACAUAAUGAAACAUUAAAGGUUUACAAAACUUCCCUAUACAGUGGUACCUCUGGAUAUGAACAGGAUUCGUUCCAGAGCCCUAUUUGCAUCCAGAAGCGAACGCAACCCGCAUCUGCACGUGUGCGGGUCGCGAUUCACCGCUUCCGCGCAUGCGCGUGACGUCAUUUUGACCGUCUGUGCAUGCGCAAACGGUGAAACCCGAAAGUAACACGUCCUGUUACUUCCGGGUUGCUGCAGAGCGCAACCCGAAAGCGCUGAACCUGAAGCAACUUCAACCCGAGGUUGGCUCAAGGGUUGCAUAACUCCUUGGCCUCCAAUAUUUCUCCAGUGAAAAUAGGGGUGUCCUGAGGAAAAGCGGGACAUUCUGGGAUCAAAUCAGAAACUGUUAAUUUGGGACUGUCCCUGGAAAAUAGGGACAUCUGGAGGGUCUGUAGCAGCUAUGAGACCUUUAUCAGCUACUUUUGCUCUUGUGGCUGCAGUCUGCAUCUUUUAAAAGUCACAACUUCCCCCAAAGAAACAUGGGAACUGUGAUUCAUUAAGGGUGUUGAGUAUUUUUAGGAGACCCUGAGCAAUCUACAGCUUCCAUGAUAUUUCUUGAGGGGAGAUGCAACUAUUAAAAUUAUACAAAUGUGUUUCAGAUGGAGGGCAUAGAUGCAGCCUAUAUUAAGUUGUAACUUUUGCUGUCACCAGUGAGGAAACAUGAGUCUUUUCCUUUCUCAAGGCCAAGAGAUAGAAGAAGUAAGAUUAAAACUUAGACCUAUAUUUCAGCACCCCACUUUCGCUUGUUUACCAUCUCCAGAUGGAGUCACUAAUUGGGACAGGCAAAUUAGUCUAUUUCUGGUCCGUGCCUCUUUCACUUGUUUUCACCCAUAAGUCAGUUCUGUCUCUUCACUGGAUUAAUUAAAUCUGUGAUUUAUUUAUUUUAAUGCAGAGCAAACAUUUGCAUUGUGAUGUCAAUUUAAACACCUAUUCUUUUCUAUUAAAAAAGCAUUUCCUCUCAACACACAUUUCUAAUUAGAGGAAUGGACUAAUCGGUUCAUGUCAGUCCCUCUCUCCGUCUUCCCUAAUUUUAAAUCUUAAAUUUAUCUCACGAUAUUUCUGCAUAUGCUUGCUUGAGGGAGGGAGGGGAGAAACAGCACUGUAGUGUGAAUUUCUCCUUAUAUGCUUUCAUAUGCAAUUCUGCCCAACACACACAUUUUAAAAAGCAUUUCCCCCUAAAAUGAUGCACUUUUUUUGGGUAAUGUAUUUUUCACUAAUAAUAAUACAGCCAGUGUAACAUAGUGAUUAGUGUGUCGGAUUAGGACCUGGGAAGCCAGAGUUUUCAUUCAUUUAUUCAUUCAUUCAAUUUCUAUAUUGCCCUUCAUCUAAAGAACACAGGGCGGUUUACAACAGAAAAACACAAAAGUACAUACCAUAAUAACAAACAAAAACAACAACUCCAUUCAGACCUGGACCAAUGGUACCAAAUAGUAUGGGAAACAGCCUUACUAGAAAAAUUAACCAAUAAACUGAAACUGACACAGGGACAAAUAGAAGAAGACGCCUUUACCCCGGGAUGGCUCCCCUUUAUCACAUGCACAGCCCAACAAGACAAUGACAAAAAUCCACCAAUGGCAUACAAAUCAAUAUGCCUAACCUGACCCAAAACACCCACCCGCCCCACUCACGCACGAAAACAAAGAUCACCACAGCCAACCACAAAUGAAUAACCACACCCCAGGCCAGCCCCAACCUCUCUCAACACCAAAGGAACACAAGCGAACAGCAAAUACCUGCACAAGCAACACUGACACCAAACCCCACAUAUAUUAAGUAAAAUAGAAACAUUGCCACCCGACCCCACCCCCACCCAUAUUCCCCCCACACCUCUUUCCCCCUUUUCUUCCCAAUGUCUCAACAAAUGAAACUGAUUUGUAAAAAUGUUACAUGGGAAAAAAUAUAUACGAGAGAGAGAGAGAGAGAGACAUUGCACACACUUUUGUAAAUCGAGAAAAUCUUUAAUAAAUAAAUAAAUAGUAAAAACAACCCCAUUCAGCCUUGAAGCUGCAUAUGAAAGUUUUUAUUAUUUGAUGUUUUAUUGUGUUUGUGUGUUGUUGUUUUUUACAUUUUUCUGGAAGCCACCCAGAGUGGCUGGGGCAACCCAGUUAGAUGUGUGGCAUAUAAAUAAUAAAAUUAUGCCCUACCUGCUUGCCAGCCUAGCCUACCUCGGAGGGGUAUUGUGGGAAAUAAAUGGGGAGGGGUGUGAACCGUGAAGCCCUGGAUAAAAAGGUGGGAGAUAAAAAGGUAAGGGUAAAGGGACCCCUGACCAUUAGGUCCAGUCGUGGCCGACUCUGGGGUUGCAGCGCUCAUCUCGCUUUACUGGCCGAGGGAGCGGCGUACAGCUUCUGGGUCACGUGGCUAGCAUGACUAAGCCGCUUCUGGCGAACCAGAGCAGCGCACGAAAACGCCGUUUACCUUCCCGCCGGAGCGGUACCUAUUUAUCUACUUGCACUUUGACGUGCUUUCGAACUGCUAGGUUGGCAGGAGCAGGGACCAAGCAACGGGAGCUCACCCUGUCACGGGGAUUCGAACUGCCGACCUUCUGAUCAGCAAGCCCUAGGCUCUGUAGUUUAACCCACAGCACCACCCUCGUCCCUAAGGUGGGGGAUAAAUGCAAAUAAAUAAAAACAUACAUCUUUACGCAACUCCCUUCCUUUUUUUGCAAGAUGUAUUACAACAUUUGGAGAGCGAGAACUUCGAAGGGUAGCCGUGAUUCAGUCCACAUUUUGUUUCAGGAAGUGCCAAUUAAUUCCGAAAGGGUAGCACUGGCAUGGCUGGCAAACAUGGCUGGAGUCACUAAAUGCCUAAAGGUACUUCAGAUAAGCCCCUCUGCUUGCUGCAAAAGGGAAGAGACUUUUGCUUAUCAUUCUAGUGGAGCAAACUAAGAGCUUUGCUUAAUGAGAUGGGCUCUGAAAUACGUCGCCUGGGGAGCCCAGGAGGAUUUUUAUCUUUCUGCGUGUUGUCAAGGAUGAUGGUGACUAUUUUAAUUAAUCAGUACAAUCCCAUUAAUGUACCGAAAGCUUUACAGGGAACAAAGGAAGGUCUGGUUGCUUUUAAAGGUAUUUCCAGAUGAGUAUUUAAGUUUCUGUUUAUUGCUGUUUUCGUAUCUGAUUUUGAUGACUUCCUUCUUUCUGCGUUUGUUGCUGCAGAGCAGUUUGAGACACCUUAGUUGUGACUAAUCAUUUUUAUGCUUAUUUAAUCAGCGUCAUUUAAAGACAAGGAGAGAGAGUGGGAAUAUUUGUUCAGUUCUGCUAUACAUACAUUUUAGUUACGGUUGUCACCUGUCCCUAGAAAAACAGGAUCGCCCCGUUUUUCAACAGACGUUUCCCCUGUCCCAUUUCGAUUUCAAACAGGAUGUAUUUUUCCCGUAAUUCAGUAUGAUACGAUACAAUAUCUUUAUUGUCAUUGUUCCAUACAGAACAAUGAAAUUGAAAAUCUACAUAAGACAUUCAAAAACCCCUAAAAACUCUGAAACCCCAUUUUAAAAUACAAUAUACUAUAGAGUCUCCUUAUGUUGCAUUUAGAACCAGAAUUGCAUUUGCAUAGAAACUGUUUCUCAGGCAGCUAGUCCUAGUCUUUAUAACCCUAUACCUUCUUCCAGAAGGCAGAAGCUGAAAGAGAUCAUUUCCGGGGUGCGUACUAUCCUGCACUAUCUCUGCAGGUUUCUUAUGGCACCUGGAAGCGUAGAUUUGAUCCAAGGUGGGAAGAGUGCACCCAAUUAUUCUCUCCGCAGUCUUUACAACCCUGGACAGCAUUGUUUUUCCCCUGGCCGUGCAGCUCCCAAACUAUACACACAGACCAUAAGUUAAUAAACUCUCCACAGUACAAUGGUAAAAUGCCAUCUACAGGUCCUUUGAGAGAUUGUUUUCCCAAAGGAUUCUCAGAAAGUAUAACGUGGUCAUCCCAAAAUGGUGGUUGAGUUGCUGUUGGUGCACCUAAUGAGGAGCCCAGCCCACUGCUCCUUCCUUCCCUCUUGCUGCUGUUGCCGAUCUAGUAUGGUAUAGAUCCGCCAUCACAUGGCCCCCUCUGCCCCCUGACCUGAACUCUCAUCCUCCAUGCUCAAGUCUCUUCCAACACCAGAUGGGGGUGAGGGUGGAGCUAUGACUCAAGUCGGCCAUGGGAACCAGCCGUCUACCCCCAGUUCCUGCCCAUCUAUGGGUUGGGCUGAGCUUGGUGAAUCUUAAACCAGUGCAAGCCCUAGAAAGGAGACGUUCUGGGGACAAGGUGGAGAUGGAGAAAAGGGUGGUGUAAUUCCAAUGCCCUUUUAAAGGCUUGUUUAUCCUCUGCCGGGCUUAGACCUGCUCAGCUUCCAGUAGCCCCACAGCUGAUUGGAGUUUGGAUCUGGUGUUAAGUUUGCGCUGACUUCAGUUACACUGGCUUGCUUUACUCCAGCUGAUUGCUCCCUAGUAGUGCCUUUUACGAGCUUUGGCUGAUAAGCCGCCCAAAGUGGCUGGGGAAACCCAGCCAGAUGGGUGGGGUACAAAUAAUAAAUUAUUAUUAUUAUUAUUAUUAUUAUUAUUAUUAUUAUGCAUAUAAUAAUAGAAUCAUUGGAUUGUAGAGUUGGAAGGGACCCCUGGAGUCAUGUAGUCCAGCCCCCCUGUGAUGCAGGAAUCACGGCUGGACAGGAAGUUCUUGACCGCAGGGUCACUGUUAUGAUACUACUGUCCACUGAUGACCACAAGAUUCCAUUACUGCUACAUGCUGCUAUGAUCAAGGCACUUUCAAGCAAGUACCAAUUCUCUAGACAUUUUUGCAUCUGUCUUCACUCAUAGAGCCACUCAGGAAAGUGACAAGACCUGACACUUAGGCUAAAGCUGUGCACAAAUGAUCUCUCAAAAUCUUCCGCUCUACUUGUGGACCAAGGAAAACCACAAAUGUUUCCCCCAAUUUCUCUGUCAAGGGGAGGCUUCUUGGCAUAGCUGUCAACUUUUCCCUUUUUAAAAGAGAAAUCCCCUUAUUCCGAAUAGGAUUCCUCACAAGAAAAGGGAAAAGUUGACAGCUAUGUUUCUUGGGGAAUGAGAUUCACCGUCAUCAAAACUGGCAGUAGCAUGAGCUCGCUUCUUUCUUUCUUUCUUUCUUUCUUUCUUUCUUUCUCCCCUACCUUUUUCUUUUCUUUUCUUUUUUUAUUUGCAAAUUUUACACACACAAAAUGGAGAAAAUAAUGUAUAAAUAAUACUAAUAGUAACAAAGGGAGAGAAACCAGCAUCUCACUAUCUAAAUACAGUAGAUGCAUUGAUGGAGCGGAAGGAUAUCAUAGAAUCACAGAACUGUUGAGUUGGAAGGGACCCCAAGUCAUCUAGUCCAACCCUCUGCAAUGCAGGAAUCUCAGCUAAAGCAUCCAUGACAGAUGGCCAUCCAACCUCUGCUUACAAACCCCCAAGGAAGGAGAGUCCACAGCCUCCCACAGGAGACCAUUACACUGUGAAACAGCUCUUACUAUCAGAAAUUUCUUCCUGGUGUUUAGUUAGAGCAUCCUUUCGUGUAACUUGAAACCAUUGGUUGGGUCCUACCCUCCAGAGCGGGAGAAAACUGUGGGAUGUGAAACACAAGAGCAGUCAAGUACAACAUUCCUAGAGUGAACAUGUUUACACAUGGGGAGGAAUGUUUGUCCAGCCAGCAGGUAAACUUCCUGUUUCCUUCUGGGCUGGGGCAGACUUCCUUUGCAUGUAACUAGAGGUGGGCGUGGCCUCACCUGUGCAGGUAACAACAAAAGCACAGGGCAGGGCAGCCAUCUCUCUCUCUUUGACUACAUGCAUCGAAGAAGCAACAUCUGCUUAGCCAAAGAUGCUCUCUUGGUCUCCAGCCAAAAGAGGACAAAGGGACUGUCUCCUUAGGAGACAGUUUCCAGGUGUAUGUUACUUUUCUAAGCUAAGUCUGCCUUCUGGGAUCCGACUGUGAACAGAAUGUGAGUAAACUCAUUUUAUACUUUUAUAGAAGACUGUGUCGUGUCUUAUCUUUUAUGAGGGAAUAAGGGGAAAAUACCAGAACAGUUAUUAUAGAGGUUUUAGCGAGCCUGAGCAAACGCAUCCACUGUGAGUUUAGAAAAGAGGGAUGUUACUCUGCUAAAUUGUGAACUUGUUUACACAAGUUGGAAAAGGAUAUAAUCAAACAAUAUAUCCUCUCCUGCAUCCCUGAACAUUCCCACAAAAACAAGCUUGCUCCAUUUUCCAUGUGAGUUCCCAUCUUCCAUGCACUGGUGGAGGGAGGAGGAUGGGGAGAGGGUUGUGAAGGGAGAAAAGAACUGAGAUCCGGGAGGAAAUAAAUAAAAAAUGGCUUAGAAAAGAGGACGAGGAAAGCAAGCAGGGCAAUGCAGAAGAAAAGGAAGGCGAGGGGAAAGAUGGGGAGGGAAAAGCCGAACAUCUUUCUCUGCUCCCAGGCAGGUUAUUUAAGAGCAGAGACAGCUCUCAGCCCCCAGGCAGGAGCAGCAGCAGCAGCCAUUACUUCCACCCUAGUUGGAAGCAUUGAUUGAAAGCCCCCACACUUCUCUCCCCAUUCUUACAGCAUCAUAUGAACUGGGGGAGGGAGACACAAAGAGGUGUCCCCUGCUCUCUUACUACCCUCCCUGCUAAUGCACUCUGAAGUAACCUGGCAGUGCCAAUGCACGGCGGUAAGGGAAUGAGGUGGCGCAUGAGCCCAGGAUCUCAUGUGCCAAGGAAGAUGAGCCUCUCCGUUGUAAACAGAGGUCAUGUUUUGUUGUUGCUGCUGCUGCUCCUCCUGAGUUUCGGAAAGGUCAAACAGUAGAAUCUCCAAACCGAUGUAUUUAUUGAUUUUAAGUAGAAAGUGUACGGACCGCUUGAUCUAUUGGCUGUUGCUGGCUAACAGCCGUGGUGGCAAAGCUCUGCCACCAUGCUCAGAGGCAGUAAUGUUUCUGAAUACCAGUUGCUGGAUAUGCACCCCAUGAUUAUAAUUGACUGAUACUGUUUAUGAAACUACACGCUUGUUAAACUGCAAUAAAUAAGCAGAAGUUUAUGUUCCAAUUUAACCCUGACUGGACUCAGUAUUGUACCAGGUAGGGCCUGGGUGGUGGCAGCAAGAAAUAAAGUGGUGGCACAGGGAUCAAUAGACGGUGAAACGUCCGGGGACCCUGUGUGAUCGCCACACAAGGGAGGCUAGGCGCAGGGCUUGCCAUGGGGCAGUACAGUGGCUGGUCCUCCUGAGCAUGAGAGAGGAAGCCACACCAUGCUGGGACCCAUUCUCUGUCAAUUUCAUUUCAUCCCCCCCCCACUAAAAAAAUGCACACCUGUACACUCUCAUCAGCCACAACCAGCAUGACCAAUAGUCGGUUAUGAUGAGCUGGAGGGUCACAGGUUAGUUAACCCAGAUUAUUCCAGCCCCCCCCCCUCUGAUAUGGUUGGAACUUUUCCCCCUUUCCAAUUCCAUAUCAGAGUGGCAGUGCAAAUUACUGGAACAUGCGGAAAUGGUGCAAUUGACUAACAGACUAAGAGGUAAUACAACACAAUUAUUUAUUCAGGAAUGGGAUGUGUACAAGAGAGAUCUACAGAAUAAUAACAGUGGUACAAUGUCAACAGCAGUGUCUGAAUGACCCUUGUCUAAACGAACUGUUAAGAAACAAGUAAAAAGGUACGAAUUGUUGUAAGAAGGUAUUAGAAAGUACAGAAAGAGUAAGGUAAUAAUGAUAAGUACAUUCAUCACCAGAAAGGUUAUAUGCAUUGGGAAAUGAUAGGAAGUCUAUUCUAUGUUAGCAAAAAAGAUAGGAAAAAAAGAGAUUGUAUAAAUUUAAUUUAAAUCUAUUUUUUGUAAACAUAUUAAGAUUUAUGAUUGUUUUCAUCUUGGCACAUUGUGUAUGUUAUCUAUGUAUUUCAAUAAAGCAUUUAAACUGGGGGUGGGGGGAGGGAGAAAACCACAGAUUGCUCCAGCCCCCUUCGAGUUUUGUGAAGGCCAGAGCGUUCCCUCUGUCUCACAGCUUUUCCACAUGCCAUGAAUCUGCACCACAAUCACGUCACCCCUCAGCCUCCUAAGCUUAAGUCUUAAGAGUUUAGCUCCUUAAGUCUCAUAUCAUAAGCCUUGUUUAAGCUGGUUGUUUAAGCUGGUCAGGGAGGCACAGCUGUGAGCGAGUUUGCUUUGUUAUACCCACGGAAUGUAUUUUUCUCUUCUUCUUCUUCUUUUUCUGGCCGUGAGAAGAGCGAAAGGUUGCACUGCUCAGUUUUCACAUUGCCGGGUUGGAAAUCUUCCUGGAAACCCAGUACACAUUUUUUUGAAUGCGUCUUCAAUUUGAGGUUCUGAUAAAAAGUGUGAAAAAGACUUGAACAUGCCAGUCACUUCCCCUCUUCCUUCCUCUGGGUCCAAUCCAGCCUCUGAUGGAGAACAUGAGGCAGAUGUUGCUGCCUUUCCUCACUCUAGCCAUGGCUUGGGUGCUUGGAGGCAGCAGGCAGAUGGAGCCAAGAGGAUGAGAAGCGCCGUCCCUGCAGGGAAACCAGUGCGGUCUAGUGGUUAGUGCUGGACUAGGACCUGAGGGACUAGGGUUCAAAUCCCUACUUGGCCAUGAAGCUCACUGGGUGACCUUGGGCCAGGUCUGCCUCUCUGCCUAACCUCUCUCACAGGGUUAUUGUUGUGGGGAUUAAAUGAGGAGGAGCGAGAACCUCUGUUCCUCACCUCGAGCUCCUUGGAGAAAAAAUGUUGGGUAUAAAUGCGACAAAAUACUGUAAAUAAAUGGGCCUUGGCAGGUGCUCAGUAAUGCCUAGCUUUGCUUCUGCUCCCUGUUUGACGUUUUUAAGCAAGGCUGGUUGUCCACCUUUCAGUUGACUUCCUGCAUUGGCAGGUGAAUUUGACUCAUAGACUUUUGAGGUCCUUCCACCUCUGUGAUUCCAUGAUUUCCACACGCAUCGUUUACGCAGUUAUUGCUCGGUGACUUGCAGCUGAAUAGGUGAACAGACUCCACUAACGGAGUCACAUCGGAUGUUAAAGCUCUGUCACAUCCAUGAUGGCUGCUGCAUGCAUAGAAAUCAUCCUGACAUUGUGUAGCCCAUUACAAACGUGUUGAUUUUCCCCCUUAGUUGAGUUGGAGUUCUUCUGCGAACUAGAAUGAUGCAGUUAUCUAAAAGGUCUCUCUCUGGCCACUUCAACUCUUCUCAAAAGAAUGAUCGGUGAAUUUCUGAAUAAAGAAUUCUAGGAGUGUGUGGAGCCUAUCAUUUUAUGUCUAUGGGAUUUCCAGCUUUCCUAUUCACCCAUAUGUUUGUAGAAUCUGCAUGGAGUAUGUAGAAUGACCUUUCUUCCAGAAAGCCUUGGUACGCAAUGAACUCUCCAAAGCAGACCUACCACCGAUUUCAUUUGGUUGUGUGAUUGUUUUUCAACCUGCUCACAACUAGGUUUGCCCGUGAGUUUCUGCAUCCAGCUACUACCCCUUCUGACUAACUUUGUGCAUGCUGACCACAAAAUAGCUUUUCCCCCUCCCUGAAAGAAGGUAAAUCAGACAGAAUCAAACAGAAGGAGAGUUUGGGAUUAAUGUCUGCAGAAUCAGAAUUACAAUAUCCAGGUCAGAAAUCGCGCGUGCUGAAUUCUUAUUACCACAUCAUCACCAGGAAAUAUCUUGCAGAAUGUAGGUCACCUGCUCUUUCAAGUAUACUCAUGGUUUUUAUUUCCUCUCUUUCAGAACACAGAAAAAGUGCUCGUCCCUUCGGUCACGUUAAUCGUAGGCUGUGGAGUGUCUUCCUUGACUCUCUUGCUUUUGAUAAUCAUCUACAUCUCAGUCUGGAGGUAAAGGUUCUACUCUCCUCCAUUCAUAAAUACAUAUUCUCAUUUGCAUAUUUGUAUCUCUGUCUGAAACCAUAAAUCUAUAGUUACUUUUUGUCAUUCCUAGCGAUGUCUACAGCACACUCUAAUGCUCUGCAGUAAUUCAUUUAUGCAUUCUCUUAAAUACUGGGAGAGAUAAGAAGGCAUCUGGAAGUCAUGAGGUCUACUGUGAAUCGUGAGACAAUUGUAGGUGUGUUUGUAACCUCCCUGAGAAAUUUCCCUAGCCUUAACUAGAGUGCCAAUUUAUGCUUCACCAAAAAGUGGAGUAAAAAAAAAAAAAACCCAUACAGAUAUUCAUAUUCUUUUAUUUAUUUAUUCAUCUCUAAUGAUCAGUGGAUCAAGGUCCGUACAGUUAAAGCUAUGGUUUUCCCAAGAGUGAUGUAUGGAAGUGAGAGCUGGACCAUAAAGAAGGCUGAUCACCGAAGAAUUGAUGCUUUUGAAUUAUGGUGCUAGAGGAGACUCUUGAGAGUCCCAUGGACUGCAAGAAGAUCCAACCUAUCCAUUCUGAAGGAAAUCAGCCCUGAGUGCUCACUGGAAGCACAGAUCAUGAAGCUGAGGCUCCAAGACUUUGGCCACCUCAUGAGAAGAGAAGACUCCCUGGAAAAGGCCCUGAUGUUGGGAAAGAUUGAGGGCACAAGGAGAGGGGGACGACAGAGGAUGAGAUGGUUGGACAGUGUUCUUGAAGCUACCAGCAUGAGUUUGACCAAACUGCAGGGGGCAGUGGAAGACAGGAGUGCCUGGUGUAGUCUGGUCCAUGGGGUCACGAAGAAUCGGACACGACUAAAUGACUAAACAACAAUGAUCAGCUAAUUGUCUAGGUUUGAAUGACUGGAUUGUCCAAUACUGCAAAACCAGUUGUGCAGUGUGUUGCCUAGGGCUCUGCCUCAGUUGUAGUGCAGGGGUGUGUAGCUUAGGAUACCCUAUGAACUCCCAGCACCGAAUGGAUCAGGCCCAUGGUUGGCAAUAAAGCUUUAAUACUGGUCGUGUUCUGAAUAAAGCUAAAGUAGGAGUGAGGGAAGAGGAACACGGGUUGCGCUGUGGGUUAAACCACAAAGCCUAGGACUUGCUGAUCAGAAGGUUGGCAGUUCGAAUCCCCUCAACAGGGUGAGCUCCCAUUGCUCGGUCCCUGCUUCUGCCAACCUAGCAGUUCGAAAGCACGUCAAAGUGCAAGUAGAUGAAUAGGUACCACUCCGGUGGGAAGGUAAACGGCGUUUCCGUGCGCUGCUCUGGUUUGCCAGAAGCGGCUUAGUCAUGCUGGCCACAUGACCCAGAAGCUGUACGCCGGCUCCCUCGGCCAAUAAAACGAGAUGAGCGCCACAACCCCAGAGUCGUCCACAACUGGACCUGAUGGUCAGGGGUCCCUUUACCUUUACCUUUAGGAGUGAGGGAACCUGUGGCCCUCCAGAUGUUACUGAACUCCAACUCUCAUCACUUCUGAUAACAACUUUCCUAAGAGUUCCCAAACCACACUCCAUCUGUUUACCAAGAAGCAGUACUGGGUGGAGGAAUGUCAAAAAGAGUUGCUUAAUCAUUUUUCUCUUGCCCACCUGCCCAUGACUUUAUUUUUAUCUAUUUAGUGAACACGGCCAACUUGGGAUGGCUUUAAAAGAGGAUUGGACAAAUUCAUGGAGGACAAGACCAUGAUGCUAUGCACCACCAUCCCCAUCCACUGUUGGAGGCCGUAGGGUUGGAACCACACAUAGGAAGAGUGCUGUUGUACUCAGACUCUGUGUGUGGCCUUCCAUUGGUUGACCACCAUGAUAACAGUUUGCUGGAUUAGAUGGGCCAUUGUCCUGAUCUAGUAGUGCUCUUACAUUCAGAUAGAAAUCAUCUAAAGCUAAGGCUAUCCAUGGGGAAGGACAUUGUGGAUCUGGGACCAUCCAUCUGAUGGUGUGAUGGCCUGGGACUCAGACUCAGACUCAGAGCCAGAGGAGUCUCAGUCCACACUGGAUCCUUUGCCUCAGGCGGCAUCUGAACCUAGUCUGGAGCCUGAUCCUGAAGAGUCCCAGUCUGCACAGGUUCCCCUGCAACAAACACUAGCUGGGCCGAGUCAGGAGCCUGAGCCUGCGCUGGCUCCAGAUGCAGGGAUUACCUCGUUGCCUCCAGCUGGGCCAUCACUUACAGCUGCUCCACGACCAGUUGGGUCAGGAGAGGCUGAGGCAGCCUCUGGGUCUAGUAACCCACUGACGUCUCCUGAGCUGCAGAGACUGAGGUCUGAGAGAAGGAGAGACCUGAGUACUCGCAGGAAGAGUGCUUGCCUUCAGGCGAAACAGGGAGGUGAGUCGCUGGGGGAUCAGGACCGGCCGUUACCCUGACAGAGAUAAAAGGCUGUCGGACCCCACCCCAGGUUGCGGGAGCAACAUUGCUGUUUGCCAGAACCUGUCUGAGAUCAUGUGCCUGAUCUCGCCUGGUUUCCUGCCUCGUGUCCUGCCUUGGCCCUGUUGGACUGACACCUCAUGGAACCCUUGGAUUCGGGAUCAGACCUGGACCUCAUUACUCAGGUUACCCCCGGGCCCAGCACAGGUGGAGAAUAAAGCUAUCAUUGGUUUCUAGGCAUGGUAAUUGUGUUCUACCUCCACCAUCAAGCACCGUAUUCCUCUUUAUAGCAGCUUCUGGGAAUCACAACUAGGAGAGAGCUGUUGCGGUCUCGUCCUGCUUGUGGACUUCCCAGUCUGGUUGGCCACUGUGAGAACAGAAUGUUGGACUAGAUGGGUCUUUGGCCUGACCCAGCAGGGCUCUUCUGAUAUUCCCAUGCUCAUUUUACACUGUCAAACGUGGGUUUGCCACCACACAUACACACAAUAAGACAAUACAAUAGAGUUGGGGAGCUAGAAUGGGGAAUAGAAAAGGUUUUUAUGGUUGAGAGUUGGAGUGGUCUCCCACAUCUGCUUCCAUCUUUCCAAAAUUGUGGGGGAAUUUCAUUAAAUCUGGGAGACAAAUAUGCAGGUGCAAACAGGUCUCCUCUUAGUGGCUGGUGUCCUCCAAGAAAGAAUUGCAGAGCCAUAGAUGGAACCAACAGCCAUAGAUGGAAGCCCCCCUGCCCUUACUCCUGGGUAAAGCAUCAUUGCCAUUGGGAAGAGGCAUAGCUCAGUGGUAGAGCAUCUGCUUUGCGCAUCAAAGGUCCAAGGUUCUAUCGCUGGCAUCUCCAAGGCAUGUCCACUGCCAGGCAGAGUAGGCAUUUCUGAGCCACGUGGACCAAGGACAGCUUAUUAUUCCAUGAAGCAAACAGAAGAGGAACACAGUGAACCAAGAGUGGGGCUUUUUUUCACCCCUUCUUCAGUUCCGCAGCCAAUAUUUCCGAGGGCUUCCAGCUCGGAGCAGCACGCAUCUGUCACUGCCCUGGAUCCUAGUUGCAACUGGCCGCUGGCUGGCUGAGCUACAAUCUCACGUUUUAAUAAUCCGAGGUUUUGCAGCCUUUGCCACUUUGCAGCCUCCUCUAGGCUUAUAGCCAGCGGGAAGCUUAACCCGCUGACACCAUUUCUUCGGAUUGAUCUAUGUCCAGACCCAGGGGACCACGGACAUGCUUCCAGCAGUGACAAAUAGCAGAGAGGCAGCAGAGAGGCAAGGAUCUUUGGGGGUGGGGGAUGGGGAGUGGAUUCCUCUGUGUGUGUGUGUGUGUGUGUGUGUGUGUGUGUGCACAUUCAUGUGUGUCUAGAUCCAUUGUACAUCUAGGUAGGGUAAUGGUUUCAUUUGGAAUGGUGAAUCACAUGUGACCCAGCAAGCUGAGCCGAAACCCAGUAACAUAAAAAGUCCCUGCUGGAUCAGGCCAAUGGCCCAACUGGUCCAGCAUCCUAUUCUCAUGGUGGCCAACCAGCAAGCAGGAUUCUGCCACAAGAGGUCUCUCCCCUCACGUGGUUUCCAGGAACUGGAAUUCAGAAGUGUUGCUGUCUCCAGCUAUGGAGACAGGGCAGAGCCAUUGUGCCCUGUAGCCAUUGAUAGCCCUCUCCAUGAAUUUGUCUAAUCUUUUUAAAAAGGUUGGUGGUCACCGCUGCCUCCUGUGGGAAUGAGUUCCAUAGUUUAACUAUGCACUGAAGGAGGAGGAGGAGGAGGAGGAGGAGGAGGAGGAGGAGGAGAAGGAGAAGGAGAAGGAGAAGGAGAAGGAGAAGGAGAAGGAGAAGAAGAAGACAACAACGACCACACCCACCAAUCUGGCUGGGUUUCCCGAGCCACUCUGGGUGGCUUACUUAAUCGCUGUCUAACUUACAAAGGAGGGACUUGGGUGGCGCUGUGGGUUAAACCACAGAGCCUAGGACUUGCCAAUCAGAAGGUCGGCGGUUCAAAUCCCCGUGACGGGGUGAGCUCCCGUUGCUCGGUCCCUGCUCCUGCCAACCUAGCAGUUUGAAAGCACAUCAAAGUGCAAGUAGAUAAAUAGGUACCGCAACAGCGGGAAGGUAAACGGCGUUUCCGUGCGCUGCUCUGGUUCGCCAGAAGUGGCUUAGUCCUGCUGGCCACAUGACCCGGAAGCUGUACGCCGGCUCCCUCGGCUCCUCCGGCCAAUAAAGCUAGAUGAGCAACCCCAGAGUCGGCCACGACUGGACCUAAUGGUCAGGGGUCCCUUUACCUUUAACUUACAAAAGUCCUUUUUUUUCAGUACAGUCAUACCUCGGGUUGAAGUUGCUUCAGGUUGAGCGCUUUGGGGUUGCACUCCGCUUCUGGGUUUCACCGCUUGCGGAUGCGCAGACGGUCAAAAUGAUGUCAAGUGCAUGUGCGGAAGCAGCAAAUUGUGACCCAUGCAUGCGCAGACGCGCAGACAUGGGUUGUGUUUACUUCAGGAUGCGAACAGGGCUCUGGAACGGAUCCCGUUCGUAUCCAGAGGUACCACUGUAUAGCAAAAUAUAGAUAAUUUGCUUCCAAUUACGGGUGCCUCCAGACUGUUAGUUUAUUGUUGUUUUGCAAGCAACAUGUCAUUGAAGCACAUAAUAAUAAGGUCGGGCUCUAUCCAGUACUGCAGCUCUGCUGGUGCAAUGGGUUUCAUGUGUAAAUGGAGCUUCCUCUUCCUGUUAUCUGGCCCCCUCCUAGCUUCCUGCGCACCCACAGAAUCAUUUCUGGAGGGUUAAGGAAGAGUAGGGAGAGGAGAGGAAACAGAAGUCCCGUUACACCUGCAUAACUGUGCCCACAGAGCAUUGAAUAUGAUCCACAACCAUAGAAGUCAUUCACAUGCACAUUCACACUGCAGAAAGCUAAUCGAAACACAAGAUUUUGCAUAUAAUGCCAUUUCAGCUGGUUUGACACUAUAAAUCCCAUGUAACAUUAUGGGGUUACAUUGGGGGGAAGAGUCCGUUUGCCCCAGCCUUCCUGUGCUGUGGCAGCUCCCUCUGUCUGUUUGCCCCAAAAAAGCACGACAUGGCACUACUGUGCAGUUUCCGUUCCCUCUCCUCCUUGAAGUCCUGCUGAAAUUACACUGGCUGUAAUUUUGUGGUGGUGGCGGCGGCAGCAGCAGCUGUCAACUCAAGCCAGUAUCAGGAACAACUUCCUUGAAUUGGUAGACCAGCUGGCUGCUUUCCUGCAGCCGGAUUUGGCCCGAGGUCCACCAGCUGCCAACCCUUAGUAGGACAGAACAAACAGAAAUGUGGGGCUUGAAAGGAACUGAAAAUCAUCCAGCAUUGUGCCUUGAAACCAAGAUGAGGUCCUCUAUAUCCAGAGGUGACACCUCCCACUUCGCUGCUUGAGGCAAAACAGGAACGUGCCACCUUGCCUCCUCGCUGUUGGUGCAUUCCAUAUUUUGGGAGCUGCCUCAGAGAGAACUCUCCCCUAAGCUGCCAGCCACAAUGCUAUGGAAGGCAGCAAACCUACCAAGCAGGCACCCUCUGCCUAUCUUAAUCUCUGGGUGUGUCUGUAAGGAAGGAGAUGGUCCUUGCUUAAGUUAAAGGUAAAGGGACCCCUGACCAUUAGGUCCAGUCGCGGACAUCUAUGGGGUUGUGGCGCUCAUCUCGCUUUAUUGGCCAAGGGAGCUGGCAUACAGCUUCCGGGUCAUGUGGCCAGAAGAACUAAGCCGCUUCUGGCGAACCAGAGCAGCGCACGGAAAUGCCAUUUACCUUCCCACUGGAGCGGUACCUAUUUAUCUACUUGCACUUUGACAUGCUUUCGAACUGCUAGGUUAGCAGGAGCGGGGACCGAGCAACAGGAGCUCACCCUGUUGCGGGGAUUCGAACCACCGACCUUCUAAUCGGCAAGCCCUAGACUCUGUGGUUUAAUCCACAGCGCCACCUUGAAUUGGGUCUGUAAGCUAACAGGUCCCAUGAGGGUCACAGCCAGAGAUGGUGCAGGGGAAUUCAAUUCAGUUCAUCAUCUAAAGGUAUAACAACCUCGUUUCCACUUUCCAAUAUGAUAUGCAGACUGAAACACAGGCUUCUUCCAAAAUUCGCAUUUCUUCAAAUUCUGUAGUGCAGUGUUCCAGCCUAGUAAUGUGUGCAGAAAUGCAUGUACUAGCUAGGGCACAGUGUGCAUUAAACUGCAUUGCAUUAGGGAAAACGGUUUUCCAAGAAAGUGUAUACCAUGUAAAGGUGCGUACAAAAUGUGCACAAGGAGAAGUUCUCACUAGAAGGAUUUUCACGAGGUCCUUUUUCAAAAAAAAUGUGGAGAAUUUAGGAUCAGAAAAAUGGGGCAUUGAUUGAAAUUGAACUUGGCAGAUUUCCCCAUUCCCAUGACCAGCCUUCUGACAAUUUGCAGAUUAUGGAUCUAAGGCUCUGUCCUUCCGUUUACCUUUUUUUUCGUCUUCUGUAGGUACAUCCGUUCCGAACGUUCCGUCAUUCUUAUCAACUUCUGCCUCUCCAUCAUAUCUUCCAACGCUCUCAUCCUGAUUGGGCAAACCCAGACCCGGAAUAAGGUAGGAAUUUGCCCAGGUUUUUUGUUGUUGCUGUCAAAUAUGAUAGCUGAACUCCCAGGGAGAGACAUUCAUUUGCUUUCCUUCAGCUCAUUAUUUCGUUCUCUGAACGUACCACUGAAUGGUAAAAUUACACAUGUAUCACCUUUGAGAAUCCGGGGAGCAUCUUUACUGUUUCUAAGAAGAAUAAGGAGAAAGACUUCAGCUGUGAUGCAUUUUGAGUUUCUGCCUAGAGUUAGCUCUCUCUGACUCCCACCGCCCCCGUCCCCUUGGCACUUUCCUGCAAGAACAGGACCAGUUUGCGAGGUUCAGUGGUUUCUAUCUCUCAAAUUCAAAAAGACAGAUUGACCAAAGGGAGGCAGAGGAGAAUGUUCCACUUAAUAAAUGUUCUGCUCUUCCAUAGCACCCCUUUCAUACACCAAGCCUGGAGCCAGUUGCUGACCUUAAUUAAGAAACCCUAACCCACACACAUUGCCUAGGUAGGUAAAUAGGAGGGAGCAUAUUCCAAAUGUUGUGGAAGCUUUUGAAUGGCUUUUAAGCACGUUUUGGAGAAAUUUGGAGAAGGUCUAUGAGCCAUUAGAGCUCAGUCGAACCUCCAUGUACUUCAACGGCAUACCUUUGAACAAUAGCUAUUGUGGACACACAAACAAAAGAAGAAGAAGAGAAAAAUGAUCUUGCAAAGCAGUCCUUAAGUUGAUGCAUAUUCAAGGCCUGGGGAGUGUCUGCAAUAAUGGAGAUGGUGGUGAAUAUCAGGGCUGUGCUGUGCCUGGAUUUCAAACUGAACUGGGCCCAUUUGGGGCGAUGUUGAGGUAGCCCCAAUCGCCCCAAGUUGGAUCGGGUCCAACCCAAAUAUUCUAAGGCUGUCAAAAAGCAGGGCAGUUGGGCAACUGAAGAGGAGGAGAUGUAUGCUGGGUGUGGCUGCACCAACCUGAACUGGACUACCAAAUUUGGACUACCACUAGCCUUGACAGGACUAUCAGACUUUUCUGGUCCUGGCCCUGCUCUGUAGGACGCAACAUCCCCAUCCUAACUGUGCAUGGCCAGACUGCAACCUGGGAGCCUAGAAAGGACACUGUGUUUAAAAUAAUUUAGCAGUCAGUUACUGCACAUGGAAGUAGCUGUUUUUGGCUACCGUGGUUAGGAGCCAUCUGCCUCCACAAAAUAUUUUACUCCCAUUUACGAGACUUUGGGCAGAAUUCAACAUCACGCUAAGUGGAAAGCAUCAUUCAUUCAUUUAUUCAUUCAUUCAAUCAAUAAGUCUCUAUACCACCCUUCAUCCGAUGAUCACAGGGCAGUUUAGAAUAUAAAAAACACACAAAAAAUACACACCAUUGUGCCAAACAAAAACAUGGCUACCUACCUGUAACCCCCCCCCCCCCCAAAAAAGAUUGUUUAAUUAGUCAAAAGCAGUUUCAGCUUGCCAGAUGGAAUGAUUCCCUUUAUCCUCCCCCUGAAUGCUGUUCUGGGGGUUUUCCUGAUCCCCCCAGAACAACUUUUUGGGAGAGAGUGAGAGACAUGUGGUGGGAGGAGAAGGGGUUAAGUCCCAUCGUGUGAGCAGAAUUCCUUGUUUAGAGCUUCUGCUGCUAGGACACAUUCAGUGAAUCCUGCCCAUCAAUGCUCACUGCUUCAGCAUUUUUGUGGCUAUACGUUCCAGAGGUCAGUUAUGGACAGAAAGACUAACCCUUUGACUUUUCUUAAGCUUGCUGCAUUUCCAGUGUCAUCAACAACCACUAGGAGCAAAUAACCAACAGAAUAACAGCAGCAGUAACAAUGACCAGGUUUGCAGGUCACAUCGAAGUUUUAAACAACGGUUUGAUGUGAUGUGCAAAUUGGGUCAAUUUAAAUUCUCAGCUGCAAGGGAAGAAAAGCUAGGCACAAGCUGAGCAAAGAGGCAAUGUUGGGUAGUGGUUAGAGUGUUGGUCUAGGAACUGGGAGACUAGGGUUCAAAUCCUUGCUCGACCAUGAAGCUCACUGGGUGACCUUGAGCUUGUCACUCCCUCUCAGCCUAACCCACCUCACAGGGUUGUUGCGAGGAUUAAAUAAGGAGCGGGAGAACCAUGUGACCACCUCAAGCUCCUUGGAAGAAGAGGUGAGAUAUGAAUGGAAUAAAUAAAAUAUUCUGAACUCCAUAUCAGACAUUUAUGCCAACGUCUUUUGAAGGCAUUCAAAUUAUGGACAGCUCUCGAUGAAAUCUGUCGAUCACCAUCGAUCUGAAAGUGAGAAAUAGCUGGUAGGGCAGAUCUGGCACCAGAUUCUCCCAUGCGAACAGAUCUUCAUCAAAGCAAUCAGAUUAAUGACUCAUCUUGAUUUGGGGAAAGUGGCACUAAAGUAGAGACAGAAGGAUAAAGACGUAAUUGAAGGUGAUCAAGCAAAAGGGUUGCUUCAUUUUUUAUUUCCGUCAAUGGAUUUUUGUAGGGAGAUUUUUUUCCGUAAGAUGAAGAUACCUGGAGAGGAGAGGAAUGAAAAGAGUCCUGCCCAUUUCCUUCAAUGCAGUUCACAUUGCUCCCCUAUGAAUAAUAAUAAUAAUAAUAAUAAUAAUAAUAAUAAUAAUAAUAAUUUAUUUAUACCCUGCCCAUCUGGCUGAGUUUCCCCAGCCACUCUAGGUGGCUCCAAACAGAAUAUUAAAAACACACUAAAGCAUCAAACAAUAAAAACUUCCCUAAACAGGGCUGCCUUCAGAUGUCUUCUAAAAGUCUGGUAGAUGUUUUUCUCUUUGACAUCUGGUUGGAGGGCGUUCCACAGGGCGGGUGCCACCACAGAGAAGGCCCUCUGCCUGGUUCCCUGUAACCUCACUUCUCGCAAUGAGGGAACCGCCAGAAGGCCCUCGGCGCUGGAUCUCAGUGUCCGGGCUGGAUGAUGGGGUGGAGAUGCUCCUUCAGGUAUACAGGACCGAGGCCGUUUAGGGCUUUCAAGGUCAGCACCAAGUUGUGCUCUGAAACGUACUGGGAGCCAAUGCAGAUCUCUCAGGACCAGUGUUAUGUGGUCCUGGCAGCCACUCCCAGUCACCAGUCUAGUUGCUACAUUCUGGAUUAAUUCGUGUGUGGGUGUGGGUGUGGGUGUGUGAGAGAGAGAGGGAGAGAGAGAGAGAGGGAGGCAUUAAAACUUCCAACUGGUUUAGAGUCGUCUUUAGCAGCUAGCAGUGCUUUUGUUGUUCCAACUUUCAUUUCUCUGUGUCUUUAUGGCGUCCCUACUCCCCUGACAAACACACACACACACAUUUUCCACCUGUGUGCACCCCAGUGAAUAGUGCCCCUCUCUGCAUUUAUGAGAGCCUUUGAAGAUGAAAGCAGUACAUUUAAAAGAUGCAUAUUUUUGCUCCUGGUCACAUUAGACAAAAGGGAUGAUGAAGAAGAAAGGCGCCCGCCUAGCCAAUCUCUCUCUCUCUCUCUCUCUCUCUCUCUCUCUCUCUCUCUCUCUCUCUCUCUCUCCGCUGCAGCUUGGCAGCCUUUUUGAUUAUUAAAUCACGCUUGGCCAAGCAUUGCCGCCUGCUUCAAAGGACAAGAAAAGGUUUUGCUACUGAAGACAGAAGGGAAAGGGCCUCGAUGGGUUAGAAUCCCGGGGAAGGAGUCACGGCUGCAGCCACUGCCUAAGGCAGAAUGUUUGGAUUGGAGCUGGUUUAGUAUUGAUACCCAUAGGAUAGCUCAGUUGGUUAGAGCAUGGUGCUGAUAAUGCCAAGGUUGCAGGUUUGAUCCCCAUAUGGGAGAGCUGCAUACUAGAUGAUCGUCAGGGUCUCUUCCAGAAUCUACGUUUCUAUGAUUCUGUUCUAUGAAUCUGUUUCAAACCAAAUACUCACAUAUUAGAUGUUUUGUAGGCAGGGAUCCCAGAGGCUCAUACAUAGACUGGGCUGCCUUUGACUUGACCCAAAGUGAGUAUGCAUCUCUAACAAGUUUCCUCCUCAAUGCCAAAGCCUUACAUCCCAUUUUAGCUGAUGAGGACACUGAGAUCCAGUGCCGAGGGCCUUCUGGCGGUUCCCUCAUUGCGAGAAGUGAGGUUACAGGGAACCAGGCAGAGGGCCUUCUCGGUAGUGGCACCCGCCCUGUGGAAUGCCCUCCCUUCAGAUGUGAAGGAAAUGAGCAGCUGUCCUAUCUUGAAAAGACAUCUGAAGGCAGCCCUGUUUGGGGAAAUUUUUAAUAUUUCAUGCUGUACUGUUUUUAACACUUGAUUGGGAGCCGCCCAGAGUGGCUGGGGAAACUCAGCCAGAUGGGCGAGGUAUAAAUAAUAUAUUAUUAUUAUUAUUAUUAUUAUUAUUAUUAUUAUUGAACGGGGAGUGGAAGACAAUUACCUGCCCUUCUUCUCCUCCUAUAUAUGUAAUAAAGUAUAUAUCAGCAUCUUCCCUUUCGCCAUCACUUGUCUGGGAAGUCCGAAGUAACAGUUCCUUCCGAUAGGCCUCGUCUUUAUAUAUUCUAAUGCAGGCAGAGCCAGCUGGCAGCCCUCGGGGAAACCUAGAUAGUGACAGCAGCAAAGUUCAGAAAGGGAGCAUUCAUAAUUCAGACUCCUCGGUUCAGAAAUCCCUCAGCCAUUUCGAGCUGUGCCAAGCCUCCUCUGAGAUUUGGCUCUGCUCAUAAUGGCUUGGCACCGGCCCUCCGCCGACACUUGCCAUUCCUGCUGCCAGUCUGUAUUAUUUUUAGAACUUCCACCCCACAUUUCCACUCCAGGAAGGGGUUGCUCAAAACGGCUUACAAAUCUAAAAGCAAGCAUAAAAGCAAACCAUUAAAACACUGGGAGGGGGGCCAGAAAGUGGUUGUCUGGUUUUUUUGUUAUAUAAAAAUGGCUUGUUUGGUGUGUGUGUGUCUAAAAAAAUAAAUAAACAAGAGACUUGGCCUAAAAAGUUAUUGUGGCAUACUGUCCCUUUACCUCAUGGGUAGGCAAACUAAGGCCCAGGGGCCAGAUCCAGCCCAAUCGCCUUCUAAAUCCUGCCUGCAGAAAGUCCUGGAAUCAGCAUGUUUUCACAUGAGUAGAAUGUGUCCUUUUAUUUAAAAUGCAUCUCUGGGUUAUUUGUGGGGCCUGCCUGGUGUUUUUACAUGAGUAGAAUGUGUGCUUUUAUUUAAAAUGCAUCUCUGGGUUAUUUGUGGGGUAUAGGAAUUCGUUCAUUUUUAUUUUAUUUUUUCAAAAUAUAGUCCGGCCCCUGACAAGGUCUGAGGGACAGUGGGCCGGCCCCCUGCUGAAAAAGUUUGCUGUCCCCUGCUUUACCUCUUAUGGUCCAGCUGUCUGUUGCCCUUGACUUUCUCCUCUUUCUUCUUACACAUGUCAUUUCUCUCUCGCACUUUUCCAGGUGAUAUGCACCUUGGUGGCUGCCUUCCUUCACUUUUUCUUCCUCUCCUCCUUCUGCUGGGUGCUGACCGAAGCCUGGCAAUCUUACAUGGCUGUGACGGGCAGGCUGCGAAACCGCAUCAUCCGUAAACGCUUCCUGUGUCUUGGAUGGGGUGAGGAUCCCUUGCUCAAACCUGGAGGUGGGAAGGGGGGGGAAAGCAAUCACACCUUUCAGCAAAUGCACCCAGUGCUGAGCAUCAGCUGA